AUGCCGAUCCCGUUCCUCACCAGCAUCGUCUUCGACGGGUGGCCAUCAUGGCUGCCCGGACCGUGGACUCUCACCAAGGCCGGCAGUGCUCUCGGAGCCAUCGUUUUCACCAAGAUCUAUGCCAGUGGCGCGACAUGUACGGCCGAACGGAAUAUGCACGGUCGAGUUGUCAUGGUUACCGGCGGCACAUCAGGAAUCGGCGCCGCUACGGUAUACGAGCUCGCCAAACGAGGCGCCCAAGUCAUCAUCCUUACCCACCACGAGCAUAACGAUCCCUUUCUCGUCGAUUUCAUUGAUGACAUGCGCGACAAAACCGACAACCAACUUAUCUACGCCGAACAAGUCGAUCUGCGCUCCCUGCAUAGCGUCCGAAAGUUUGCGACAAAAUGGGUCGACAACGCCCCUCCCCGCCGCCUCGAUACCAUCAUCCUCUGCGGUGCGACCCUUACACCGCCAGGGAAGGGCUAUACAGAGACACUAGAUGGAGUGGAGAGUACCUGGCAGGUUAACUUCCUCUCCAACUUCCAUCUACUUGGCAUCCUCAGUCCCGCGAUCCGCGCGCAACCGUUUGACCGCGACGUGCGCAUCAUCAUCCCGACAUGCCCCGCCUACAUCCGUUCGCCGUCGUUGGAUAGAGCGUUGGAUAAGAAGGACUGGUCGCCCGGUAACGCAUAUGCGCGAAGCAAGCUGGCUUUAAUGGUGUUUGGCAAGGCAUACCAGAAGCAUUUGGACGCGUACAAGAGGCCCGAUCAGCUUCCGAUGAACGCGCGCGUAUUCCUGGUAGACCCUGGAUACUCGAGAACACCUGGAAUGCGCAGGUGGCUUACCAGAGGCACGAUUUGGGGUCUCAUCGUAUACCUCUUCCUUUAUGUGUUCUCCUGGCUUUUCCUCAAGAGCGCAAGGAUGGGCGCGCAGUCCAUCUUGUGGGCCGUUAUGGAAGGCAGUCUAGUUCGCGACAAGGGUGGAAAGGUGGUCAAGGAGUGCAUGGUGGUAGACUGCGCACGGAAGGAUGUGGACGACGAAGCGGUUGCGAAAAAGCUGUGGGAAUCAAGCGAUAAGCUCAUUGAAGAGAGGGAGAAGGAAGCGGCUGCAAAAAGGGCAAGGGCGAAGAAACGGGAAAUGGAGAAGGAGGAGGAGAAAAAGGAACGGGAGCGCGUUGAGGAGAUUGAAGCUUUGGUCAACACCAUCAAGAAGGGGAAGCAAAAAGAGAAAGAAAAGCCCAAGAGUGAGAAGAAGGCGAAGAACGGAGAAAAGACUGCCUAG